GUUCUUCCACUAUCUAUUUCUUUAAGAAAAAGAGUCCCUUUUUCUAAUGCUACAUUUUUCUAUCCUCCUUAGUCCUUAAUUUACUCCACUCGUUGAGCUUUGUCUCUGUCUCCCCUUCCCCAUAAUCACAAAAGCCUCAAAACCAAAGAAGCCAUGAGAUCCAAGCCUCAAUUUCCCCUCAACAUCAAGGUCAUUAUCCUCUUUGCCUUCUUACUCCUCCUCCUCUUCUUCAUAAUAAGAACAACCUUCUCAUCUUCAUCUUCUCAAGAAAUUAACUCCACCGCCAUUUCACAAACUAAUCUCUCAAACUCAACAAAUGAAGAUCAGGAACAACAACAAGAACAAGAAUCAACAAAACCACGUUGCCCUUCUAUUCCUUUCCCACAAACUUGCACCAAAGCUCCACCAUCUCUCGCCAACGCUCUUGUCCAUUAUGUAACUACAAACAUCACCCCACAACAAACCCUCAAGGAAAUCUCUGUCUCCUUGCGAGUGCUCGAGAAGAAAUCUCCCUGCAACUUCCUCGUCUUCGGCCUCGGCCAUGACAGCCUCAUGUGGACAUCUCUCAACCACGGAGGCCGUACAGUUUUCCUGGAAGAAGACAAAGCCUGGAUCCACCAAAUCAAAGAAAAAUUCCCAACUCUCGAAUCCUACCACGUCGAGUACGACACGAAAGUCCACCAAGCUGACGACUUGAUGAAGAUCGGAAUGGGAAAUGAAUGCAAGGCCGUGAGUGAUCCGAGGUUUUCAAAGUGUCAGCUAGCGCUGAAGGGGUUCCCGAGCGACGUUUAUGACAUAGAGUGGGAUUUAAUUAUGGUGGACGCUCCGACAGGGUAUCACGACGAGGCUCCGGGGAGGAUGAGCGCAAUAUACACGGCGGGGUUGAUGGCGAGGAACAGAGAGGAAGGGGAGACGGAUGUGUUUGUGCAUGAUGUAGAUAGAGUGGUGGAGGAUAAAUUUUCAAAGACGUUUCUUUGCGAAGGAUAUUUGAGAGAACAAGAAGGCAGGAUUAGGCAUUUUACAAUUCCAAAUCAUAGGAUUCUUUCGGAUAGGCCAUUUUGCCCUUUGCUUAAUUGAUUUAUUAUAUAUUUCUCCCUUUUUUUUUUUUCUUUCUUUGUGGAUGAAUAAGUAUUAUAUAUGAAAAGAGAAAUAGGGUUUCUUUUAA